GGCGCGCGCGAGAGUGGCUGGGGAGCGUCAAACGCGCGGAGAGGAAAGUCGAGGCUGCACUUUUAAUAGGAGCGGAACCGCGCGCAAAAAAAGUCUUGCUGCAGUUCAGAACUCGCUCGCCUAGCCUCGCCAAACACGGGAAGGAGCGUCCGGACGAAGCAGAAUUGCAACUACAUUUUUCUUUCUUUCUUUCUAAACAGCAUCUCCCUCUACUUCUUAACUAUUCUCCACGUGGGUGGAGACCGAGGAGCAGGGGAAGAACGGUACUCCUGUAACAGCAGUCGCGACCCAAUAUGUCAGGGCGGGUGCUGAAUGUUUUCUUGCUGCUCUGCAGCUGGAGCCUGACUGAGCUGAUGGUCGAAGCUUGUACCUGCGUCCCAGUUCAUCCCCAGGAUGCCUUCUGUAACUCAGAUAUUGUUAUCCGGGCCAAGGUAGUGGGCAAGAAACUUAUGAAAGAUGGACCAUUUGGGACAAUGCGAUACACUGUCAAACAAAUGAAGAUGUACAGAGGUUUUGACAAGAUGCCACAUGUUCAAUACAUCUACACUGAGGCCUCUGAAAGUCUUUGUGGAGUCAAGUUGGAGGUCAACAAGUAUCAGUACAUGAUUACAGGUCGAGUUUUUGAUGGAAAGGUUUAUACUGGACUGUGUAAUCUGAAUGAAAAGUGGGAUCGACUGACCUUGUCUCAGCGCAAAGGAUUAAACCAUCGUUACCAUCUAGGUUGUGGCUGCAAGAUUAAGCCCUGCUACUAUCUUCCUUGCUUUGUGACCUCCAAGAAUGAAUGCCUCUGGACAGAUAUGCUUUCCAGCUUUGGUCAACCAGGGUACCAGUCAAAGCAUUAUGCUUGCAUCAAACACAAAGAUGGCUACUGCAGCUGGUAUAGAGGAUGGGCACCUCCUGAUAAAACCAUCAUCAAUGCAACUGACCCCUGAAAUUCCAUUUGUCUUUCUUCCCUGUUCUUUUCUUCCCAUGUGGCUGAGAAUUCUUUGGACACUAACGCAUAUUUGAUCAUGAUGGCAACCAUGAUAUUAGUGCCUGUUUCUUGCAAUUUUUAGCACUUCGAACUGUUGUGAUUUUUAAAUCUAUGCUGUCUUAACUCUUUUUUAAAAUUAUCUUUUAAAAAAUUGCUCUCAUCCCAUGUUGAUCAAAUAUUUAUCUGGUGUGUGAACAGAAGUUCCCAGAUGAUCAAGGGAGCUUUUGCUUAAAGUUUUUAUAGCACUAUACAUAUAGCAAUAUAUAUAUUUUUGUAGGAAAACACAAAUCUCAAAAACUUCCUAAUUAAAAUUCUAUUCCCUCCUCUUCAUUUCCUGUGCUGCUGUUUUAUUCUCACAUUCAGUUCUCAGAGCAGGUAGCUAUGAACGCAGCCAGUUGGGAUUAAUCACCAUUGUGAGCCACAUAAUGAAGGGAUGCAAAGAAAGUCAUUAUGCUUAUAUAGAAUGGAAUAUGGAGUAUUUGGGGAAAUUCCUUUGCAUGAAUUUAAAAGAUUGCAUACUUCAAAAUGCCUGUCCAUUCCAAUAUGAAUGUAGAAAUUUCAUGGCAGUUCUAGGUUUGCACAUAAAAUAAAUUUCU